AUGGUCAUUUAAGAUGACCUGGUAGGCCUUGGCUCCAAAGUUACAGAAUUGGCUUCUGGGUUCGGUUUAUAAAACUAGACAACAUUAUACCUUAGAUAGGUAAUCACAGGUAAACUCAGUGAAUUCAACUAUUCAAACUCCAUAUAUCACAAUCUAAGUUGA